AUGGUUGCUCUCACAGACGCUAUCAGCAGGCGUCGUGGACGUAAAUCAGGUUCCACAGGGGAGAUUGUUUACGAUGCAGUCACUAUUCGUGUGAGCGACUUCAGCUCUGGCUUCGAAGUGGUGUAUAAUAUGCCCUGUGCCAAAGGUGGUCACGAUGGGGGCGAUGACGGUCUUGCGUUGUCAUUAGUAAGAGCGGUGGCCAAGGUGAAGCGCGGCGAUAUGGGCGUUUCAGAAGCUCAGAGGACUUUCUUGAACUGUACCGUGCAAGAAUUUUUGAGAAAAAAUUAUAUCAAAAUUAACAAAUUAUAA